GCCGGCAUUUGGAAUCUGCGCGAUGUCAGUGCGACAGCAGACGUCGAUGGCAGCGGUUGACUCCCUCUGCCCAGUUGCAUUUGUGUGUGAUCUCUUCGUGUUUUUUUUGCAUACAUACUCCAACAACAAGUGUGUUCUUAAGUUCAAAAAUGCUGCAGCUCACUAUUUUAGUCGCUCUUUUACUAUUUGGCCCCACUGUGCUGGCCAAUCCCAUACCAACUAAUGCAGUCGUAGCAACUGAGUUUAUUAUCCUUCACAACAAUGACAUGCACGCCAGAUUUGAGCAGACAAAUGUGAUAGGUGAAAAGUGUUCCCUGGAGGAUACCAAAAAUGACAAGUGCUUUGGGGGCUUUGCCAGAGUCGCCUACGUAGUUAGCAAACAUCGCGCAGAGGCAAAGAAUGGAGGAACUCCUGUGUUCUUUUUAAAUGCUGGAGAUACUUAUACGGGCACACCAUGGUUUGCGCUCUACAAGCACAAAAUUGCCAGCGUCUUUCUUAACAAAUUGCAGCCAGAUGCUGCGUCACUGGGCAACCACGAGUUCGAUGAGAAAGUCGAGGGUUUAAUACCGUUCCUCAAUGAUGUCAACUUUCCUGUUGUGACCUGCAAUAUGGAUCUUAGCCAGGAGCCCGCUUUAGCCGCCACCAAAAAUCUCGUGAAUUCCACCAUUCUGGAGGCGAAUGGCACCAAGAUUGCUGUGAUUGGUUAUCUCACACCAGAAACCAAAACGCAGUCCAUCAAAAAUAAUGUUAUAUUCAAUGAGGAGGUCGCUGCUAUAAACAUUGAGGCAGCUCGACUGAAGGCGCAAGGCUUUAAGAUUAUCAUUGCGCUGGGGCACUCUGGCUACAAAAAGGAUCAAGAAAUUGCUCAAAAGUGUCCCGAAGUUGACAUUGUUAUUGGGGGCCACACCAAUACGUUCCUAUACAAUGGCGAGAAGCCCAGUGUGGAGAAAAUCGAUGGUCCAUAUCCCACAGUGAUCACACAGAAGAGUGGCAAGCGAGUGCCUGUGGUACAAGCCUUUGCUUACACAAAGUAUAUGGGCAAACUGCACGUUAAGUUCGACAAAGAUGGCAAUCUGUUGGAUUUCAAUGGUUCUCCAAUACUGUUGGAUUCGACUGUACCUCAAGACAAGGAACUGCUAACUUUGUUGGAUGUGUAUCGCAAAAAUGUCACGGAAAUGGAAAAAUCCAUAGUGGGACAUAGUAAGGUUACUUUACAGGGUGAGAAGAUCAUUUGUCGUGCGAUCGAGUGCAAUAUGGGCAACCUUAUUACCGAUGCUAUGAUCUUCAGUCGCGUUAUGGAGGAUCAGGGCGGUGAUUUUUGGACAGAUGCAGCGAUUGCAGUCCACCAAGGUGGCGGCAUACGCAGCUCGAUUGAGAAGAAGCCUGAUGGCAUGAUCACUCAGAGUGAUCUUUUAACAGUGCUGCCCUUCCAGAAUGAUCUGUACAUCAGUCGCAUCAGUGGCAAAACCAUUUGGAAUGCACUCGAACAUUCGGCAUCUGUUCGGUCUAGGGAUUCCGAUGGCGCCUUCCUGCAGGUCUCCGGUCUCCAUGUGGUCUACGAUGCGGAUAUGCCCGAAGGGAAGCGCGUUGUCUCUGUCGAUGUGCGUUGUGCCAUGUGCAAGGUGCCGGUCUAUACCAGACUCAAUGAGACGGAGUAUUACCAGGUAAUAAUGCCACAGUUCAUCUUCGAAGGCGGAGAUAGACACAAAAUGAUUGACGAGGCCAAUCCCGUCACGACGCGCAUGAAAAAGACGGUCGUCGAAGCUGUUAGCGAGUAUCUGAAGACACAUGACUUUGUCUAUCCGGAGGUGGAAGGACGCAUUGUCUUUAGAAAAUCCCAUGAAUAUGCAACCUCUGCUGCUUCUACUGCCUCGAAGAAUGUAAUAAACCACCUGGCAUCGAUGCUGAUCUCAAUGAUUAAAUAAUUAACUUAUGUAGAUGUCUAGACCGUAUCACAAUGUUGAAAGAUCGCGUCCCCAGUACAAGUAAUCGUUACUGUAAGGUAUUUCAUUUAUUCCCAUCUCCUAAUUGUAUGUAUUGCUUAAGCUGUGUUAUGUUUAUAUUUUUAUUGAGAAUCCAUUACAAUUUCCAAUGGAAUACCCAACAAUUGAGUGCGCAUUAAAAAUGUUUAACCUAAAUCAACGUUUGUUCUUAAUUAGCUUCAAAGUCAACUAAGCAAAGUUUUUAUUUUACUAGAGUAUCAUUAAUUU